AUGCAACUCAUAGAGCUAGAAAGGCAGCUACAGCUGGAGAUGGAAUCCCAUAACAGAGUGGAAAAGAAGCUGAAACUCGCGACAAGAAAGCUACAAUCCCUUAAACUAUCAGCUGUUCCAAGCCAAUCCAGUUCACCCGAGAAAAGCGAAAGCUCUACUAGUUCAUCCACAGUUUUCUCAGCCCUCCAAAAGCAAGAAGAAGAGCAGAAAGCUGGCUCACAAACAGCGGAUUCAGGAGAGCCUAGCAGCACACAUCCCAAUUGUGUAUGCUUGUGGGAGACUAAGGUCGUUGAUAUUCAACCAAAAAUCAAGCCGGUCUACUUAUCAGGUGGGUGA